CUUUGUCAUGCUAGGAUUAUACGGGUGUGUUUCUCCUUCAUGCCUCCACUGAAGCUCACACAGAGAUCGAUAUAUCAAAAGAUGGAGUUACAUGAAUUCCUGCCAGGUCGAAAGUGCUCUACUUCGUCGCCAGCUUCCAUUUCGAUGGCGAAUGGUUCCCUAUUUGAUCGGUCGGACGUGCUUUCUCGUGACUCUGAUACUCUCCUCCGUGACCAGCGUCGCCAUCCCGUCCCAUAUCGACUGCUAUUACGUGUUGAAAUUCCUGGCGUUCUCGGGUAAUAUCGUUGUGGCUUGUACAUCCACGAACCUUGUCGUCCGGACAUGGACCGUUUGGAAGACCAACCGUUUUGUCUGUCUGUUCAUGGGGCUGAUGACUCUAGGACACUGGUUCAUGAUGAUUCUCGACUCAAAAGAAGCACGAAUCUCAUCAUCACCUCCAACUUCCGAAUUCUGCGGAUUCAUGAUUGUGAAUCCCACAUAUUCAGCUGCUACAUCCCUGUACAACUUUGUGCUCUUGAAACUGACGAUCUUCGGCUAUUGGCGCUCCUCGUCAUUGUCUCUCGUCACGAUCAUCCGUACCCAGGGCAUCAUCAUGUAUUUCAUCGUGUUUUUUGCUAGUGUCCUUCCGGCCGUGCGUUCUUUUCUGUGUCGUAUCGUGCUCGUGCUCGUGCUGAACAUCAAGCUACGCAGUGAUUCCAACAUUCCCCACCCCUCAGGGUACAAGCCACAGAGCCCCCGUGAAUACGAGUGUGGAGAAAUCGAACGUGCGGAUUGUGAAUCCCGUUUUGUCUGGGUGAACACGGCGGGCGGUUUUUCGGUUUAGUUUGGUUGUAAGGAGAUAGUGUUGGAUUCGAUCGGGUGGGGAGGUCUGCGUUGCAAGUCUUGUACUACCCAAGUCCAACCUUUAAACAUGGUUCAUGCAACGUUCACAACACCUUCAAAUUCUUGCUGC